GCUCCUUUUUAGUCGCCGUCCUGCAUCAUUCCAUCUAGCUUGCGUAUUGAUUGGGAUGAUGGAUGUCCCAGGGCAUAUGAUAUUUCUAAAUGUCGUUGUGGUUCUGGACACUGCACACUUUGCGGUUGCGAUCUGCUUGAUGGACAAGGAGAUCAAGCAUAUUGAAAUAGACCAAGCAAGUGGGAAACAGCGUAUUCUACGCUGGGUCGUAGUGCGCUCGCCUGGCCAGUCGCUGCCAACCGCAUUGCUUAAUGCCGUUCAACGUCCGGUCCCCCAAGAGGACAUCAUGACUCGCGCUGGUGGCACAGCCGAUACUGGAAUAAUGGACAAAGCAGAGACUUGGAAAAACACGCAUCUCCGAAGCCAAAUUGGCUAUCAUGACCAUGAGGUGAAUUCUCUCGAGUUGGAUCCCUACAACUACGCUGAGGAAAUCCGGCGAGAGGACUCUGUCUUGGACAACUGGACCCCGCGGCAGGUCACGAAGGAGGAGCCCCACAUAUGGCAAGACUUGGCGCAAAGUCUUGCAUCUGUUGCAGAUCCAAGAGAUUUUGGAUCCCGCGCACAUCGGGAUAGUUUGCGCUCGAUAAAGCCCGAAUCCGGAUCAAAUAGUAUUUAUUCCUACCUUCACCAAAAGUUUUCUCCUUAUAAACUUUCCCGGAAAACGGUAGAUUUCUACACACCUUCAAAAGUAAAUUCCACUCAGAUUCCUAUCGACGUGGAUGCCCCACACACGGCACGGGAUGCGCGACUUCUGUUACUUACUGUCGCGCAACAUGUACUCACUGAUGUUGAUCAUGAGACAUUAGAGAGCUUUGUGGAUGAAGUAAUCGAUAUUUGUAAAACCAAUCAUAAAAGCGAUCACGAUAAGGUCAAUGAAAUCAAGACCCUCAUACCAGGAGGUUGGAAGGAAGAUGCUGACCAUGAUACAUUGGUGGAUAUGAUAACGUUGGCUGAGGGCGUUGCAAGAUUAUCAGACGUUGUCGAAGACGGACCUGACGCAGGCCAUAUUCUGGAUGGCAAAGAGAGAGAACGAGUCAUCGAUAAUAUUGGAGAAGAGGAUCCCCCGAGAGUUUUUGGUAGGCAGGCUUACGUAGUCCCGAAAACGAAUAGGGUAAAGCAAGCGUUGAUGGGCGACAACGCGGACACCGACUUUUCAUACUCUGAUGAUGACUUGGCUGCAGUGGAACACGAUGUCGAAUAUAUACAAGUUGAGGCUGCAGACGACUGAGGAAUACUUGGCGCUUCCAUCAAUUGUAAAUAACCUCUUGUUGCUAAUGUAUGUAAUGUAUCAUAAAUAAACUUUCUCUACUCGGGGAAGUAUAUCCUUG